AUGGCUACAACAAAAAACAAAAACAACAUCAAUAUGAACAAUAGGUCACAAGAGGAGAAACCACACGAGUAUUCAUUGAGUUAUGCUGCCAACAAUCUAACCAGUCCUGUGGUAGAAGCAUUUAUAGAUUUUCCUUUGCAACGUCAUUUUGAAGAUUAUAAUACUACUGGUUACAUUGCAACACCUACAACCCAUACGGAUUACCAUGCUGGUGAUAACGAUGAUGAUGAUGAUGAAGAAGAUUACUCAGUGUCCGUGUCGGCUAUAAUGCAAAGACGUGCCAGUGUACGUGGUUAUCGCAGAAAAAGUAGCAGUCGCAACUCAAGAAGAGCUUCCAGUCCAAUGGAUCACGUAUUGGAUAAUGUAGAGCGUAGACGCUCUAGUGUCUACACAACUAGUUCAGAUGAGGGCACAAAUCAGGAAUCAACACAAGAACAAAUAUUUGAAAAUAUACGACUCCACAAGGAGGUGAUACAAUCAGUUAAACUGCAGCCAUGGGCCAUAAGGAAAAAACUGAAACUAGUGCGGCAGGCAAAAACAUAUGUGGCACGUCAUGAGGGUGCUCUACAGGAACGUUUUGCCAUGUCACGCAGUACUCGAGAUUUGUGGGCGCGUUUUAAAAUUGUAAUGGCAGCUCGUUGGCGUCAUUGGAAACGUGAAACAGCCAGUUUUCUCACAGUCCUCAUACCCUGGGAACUGCGUAUUAAGGAGAUCGAAUCGCAUUUUGGUUCAGGUGUUGCCUCGUAUUUUACAUUUUUACGCUGGCUGAUGUGGGUGAACGUGAUGAUUGCUCUGCCAAUUGUGAUUUUUGUAAUUGGACCUGAGUAUUUUGCCACCAAACACGAUGAAACAGACCCUCGUAAAAAGAUGUCUUCAAAGGAAUAUGAAGUGGCUGGAAAUCUGUUUACCAUUUGGGAAUUUGAGGGUUAUCUUAAGUAUUCACCCAUGUUUUAUGGUUACUAUUCGAGCUACUCGGGUGCCAGUUCAUUGGGAUACAUGCUGCCAUUGGCUUAUUUUUUGACAGCUGUUGUCGUUUAUAUUUAUAGUUUUGUAGCCACGUUAAGAAAAAUGGCAGAAAACUCACGAAAUUCGAAAUUAUCUUCAAAAGACGAUGAAUGUACGUUUUCAUGGAAACUUUUUACGGGCUGGGAUUUUAUGAUUGGUCAUGCGGAAACUGCACAUAAUAGGAUUGCAUCCGUAGUAGUGGGUUUCAAAGAAGCUUUACUAGAAGAAGCCGAAAAGAAAAAGGAUAAACGCAAUUGGCGCAUUAUUUUACAACGAAUUUUAGUAAAUAUUUUAGUGAUGACAUUGUUGGCUGCUUCCGGUUAUACUGUAGUGGCACUGGUUAAUAAGUCUGAAGAGCUGGCUCGUCAGGACAAUUGGAUCAGUCGUAAUGCUGUCAACGUCACCAUGACAUUACUGUCAUUCUUCCUGCCAAUGAUUUUUGAAGCUUUAGGUCUUUUUGAAAAUUGGCAUCCACGACAACAAUUAAGACUUCAAUUGGCUAGAAUCAUGAUUUUAAAUUUGUUGAAUUUAUACUCGCUGAUGUUCUCAUUCAUUUACAAAAUCAAUAGCAAAGAAAAGCCUUUGAGUGAUUUGAAAAUAAAAAAUGAUACCGCAGCCAUGGAAUUGGCUAAAUUAACGGAAUUUUGGCAGGCAUUCACAGCAAUGACCACAACGGCACCAAAUGAAAUUUCAUUUUCAACAGAGGAUUUUUCCACCACAACAACAAUGACGACUGAUGCCAUUACCGAUGCAGUGAUGACAACCGCAGCGGCGGUCAUAUCAAAAGUUAGAUGUUACAACAUCACUGUCAAAUGCUCAAAACCCUGGAGAGUUACAACGAAUUUACCCUCGACCACAACAGUGGCUGCCACAACAACAUUGUUGUUAUUAAAUUUAACAACAACCCUGAUGCCGCCAACCACAUUGACCACAACGACAACAGAACUACCUACAACGACCACAUGGACACCAUCUCCGUCCACAAUCGAACUAACAACACCUCUGACCACAGAAUUUACCACAAUGCCAACGACUACCACAACAUUUCUACCCACCACAAUAGAUACGACAUAUGAUUAUGAGGAUACAUCUAUUUCUACCACCGAGGAGCUAUUCAGUUCAUCGCCCUCAUCGGUACUUAGUUCGACUACAACGGAAAAUCCAGGCAAUGAUAGUCAAUUCGUAUAUUACGACUACUUUGCCGGUUUUGAUAUGAAUGAUCCCAGUUUUGUAGACUUUAACGAAGUUGAUGAGUUGAGUUCUAAAAAUAAGAGAGACUUAAGUGAUACUGAUUACCCUGAGAUGAUUGAAUAUUUGGAGACUUCCAUAGAGAACAAUGUAUACAAAAACCCUAAGCAGUCAAAGAAGAAAAAACUUAAAGAUAAAGUAAACAAAAAGCAAGCGAUAGACAUUGUAAGCAGUGGCAAGAAAGUUAAAAGAGAACCAAUUGAUGGCAAAGGACCAGAUCCACUUUCCUUACAACUUUUGAGGACCUCAAAGUAUGGCAGAAGAGAUCGCUAUACCACCACUACCACAACACAAGCUGGUCCCAUAACUACUUCCACUCUGUCUCCAAUCAUUACCACUACAACCACUAACAUUGAUGAUUCAACUGAUCCAACAACACCAUUGUCCACGACUCAAAUCGAAACGGAGGCAACAACAGCAAGCAAAGCAUUACAGUGGGAACGCAAUGAACUUUUGCAAAAAAUUGCAGACUUCUUUACAACCUCAACACUAAAGACCACUGAUGAAGACACAACCACAAUAACGCCCACACCACCCACCACAACAUUGCCACAGCAACAGGAGGACGAACUAAUUGAAAAUGACAUACCAGAGAUACUCACUACACCUUUUUACAUUGCAAAUCAGGACAUAGGCCAGACAUCAUUCUACGAAUGGAGUGAAAUUGAUGAUGGUAAUUUCGAAACAUGCAUACGCACCGUUUGCGAUGAUGACUUUACAACAAUCUCAUCGACUGAUUUGGAUGCUGCCACAACAAUGGCAACGAUAACAACAACUGAAUUGACGAUCUAUCAGCAGUAUAUUAAAAAUUUAACCAACAUUAAGAAGACCUUUAAGGAGAUAGAACACAAUUUGACAACGAUGUGUUGGGAGACAUCGUUGGGUCAGGAAUUAUCCAAGGUCAUUGUGUUUGAUGGGAUUAUGUCAAUAGUGGCUCCCUUGUGCAUAGACUUCUUGCGUGCUCUGUUUGUUCGUUAUGUAAAUCAAAAUUGGUGCUGGGACAUGGAGAAAACAUUUCCACAGUAUGGAGAUUUCAAAAUUGCUGAGAACAUUUUGACUUUGAUUAAUAACCAGGGACAAGUGUGGAUGGGUAUAUUCUUUUCACCUGGUUUGGUGCUUAUCAACCUGGUGAAACUAGUGAUUAUGAUGUACUUCAGAUCCUGGAUUGUUUUAACAUGCAAUGUACCACAUGAAGUCGUAUUCAAAGCUUCGAAAUCAAAUAAUUUCUACCUUUCCUUGCUGCUGACCAUGCUGUUCCUUUGUGUUUUGCCUGUGGGCUAUGCAAUUGUAUGGUUGCGUCCAUCCUGGCACUGUGGUCCUUUCUCCGACUAUAAUCGGAUUUCAGAAUUUAUUACAAAUACAACAAGGGAUGCUCUGCCACCGCAAUUACAUGAUCCUCUUAACUAUUUGACUUCGUCCAGUACGGUGAUACCAUUGCUCUUGCUGCUGAUACUAAUUAUAUACUAUUUAGUAUCACUGACCGGAGCUCUAAGAGAAGCCAAUCAGGACUUGAGAACGCAAUUGCAAAAGGAAAGAGAAGAAGAACGUAAGAAAUUUUUCCAAGUACCAGAAACAAAACCAGCAGAGAAUACCUCCACCACGUUGACGAAUAGAUGGCGUAAAGUUUUGGAAGCUUCGUCACCUGUAACUCCCACUCAGGCGCCGGAUUUUGAAAGUGAAGAGUACAAAAAUCAAGCAAGAAAAGAACUAAUUUCCCGGAUUAUGAAAAAAGCUCUACGCAAGGGCUCAGCAACAUCCGAUGAAGAUUCAUUUGUGCGCCAAGGCCGAGACGAUGAUGACACUGACACCGAACAUCACGACUCAUUGCCACACGAUGAAGAAGGUAAAGAGAAGCGAUUCGGUCUCUCAAAACUGCAACAAAUACGCAGAACUCGUAAACCCUCGCUGGUGGAUAUAGUGCAAAUCGCGAAAAGUGAACGGGAAAAGGAGAGAGGGUUACAUCAACAGUCCAAUAGUGGUAACAAGGAAUCACAUCCCAAAGGAAGAUUUAAAAUAGAUAAAUCAGACAAAAAAGAUGAAAAGGACAAAGAUAAAGAUAAGGACAAGGAUAAAGAAAAGGAGAAAGAUGCACCAGAUACUGGCAAUGACCCUGAAAUCAAGACCAGAGUUAUAAAUGAAAGAAGAGAAAGUUUGUUGCGCAAAAGUCACGAAAGCGACAGCAAAGACAAAGACAAGGAAAAUGAUAAGGAGAAAAAUAAAGAUAAAGAGAAGGAUAAAGAAAAAGAAAAAGACAAGCACAACUCCCCUCCUGACUAUAAAAGAAGAAUUUAUGAAAGUCUCAAAAGAAAGAAACGUGAUGACAAAGAAAAAUCUAAUCUGGAAAAACAAGGAUCUCAAGAAAAACCUAAAGAAGAAAAUAUACCAGAAUCACCUUCUAAAAUCGAAGUAUCAACUAUGGAAAAACCCAAGAAUUCUGAAAAAAGAAAAUCCUUCAGAAGAAGAGACAAGUCGCCAGUGGUUAAGGAAAAACCCAAAGACGAAGAAGCAAAUACCAAAAGUUCCUUUAAAGUCGUUGAUGAGAAAAACUCUUCAUCUUCUCCGGAUGAGAAAACUUCUCCGCCAGCAAUGGAGCAUUUUCAUAAUUUGAGUGGCAAAUUCAAGUUCAAACGUCACAAAAAUAAGAUGUCCACAGAGCCAGAAGUUUUCAAAUUUGAGUCUGAUAAAAUAAAAGCCAGUAAAAAUUCCGACAUCGCCACCACACCCACCUGGGAACAUUUGGAAACGGAAUUAAACGAAGAGGUAACAACUCCUACCUCUGGCCAUCAUAUUAAUUUGGGUGCCGAUAAAUUGGCCAGUUUGUCCCGGCAGGGUAGGAAAAAGAUUGGUUCACUUUUGGCCUUGGUGAAAGAAGCUGUCAACACCAAAAAAAUCGAUUCAGAUCAGCAAAGCGAUGAAAGUCCUACACAACUGCCCGAAACGGCCAUAGAUAUACCAGCUACUCCAGAAAGUGAACUACCCAACACACCUACCAAUAACACUUUUAUACUUCCCUCAGCUACUCCUGUUUCCACAAUUACCAGUAUUCAACCCUAUGUUAUGCCCAGAGCUCCAUUAGAAGACCCCGAAGAGUUAGAACCUCCCAGUUAUCACAACUAUAUGUCAACAGAAAAUACCAAUACUUUACCUUUAAAAGAUGCCGAAGAACUAGAUCAACCCGGCCCCAUAAUAUUUCCACAACGCAGCAUUUCCCAACGUCGACGACCAACAGAUCGUCCGAUUGCCAUGCGACAAGAUUCAACAACUUCUACUUGGUCCGAUAUUAUACCCACAAUUACCAUAAGCCCUACAGGUGAUGGUGAGGAGCAGCCUCAGACAUCACCUAAAAAUGGCAGUGUACCUUCAAGUCCGAGCCCUUCGGUCAAUAUCAUUAAAAUCAAUAUUGAAAAUGAUAAAUAAAAGGACA